AUUCAGUUUGUAAUAUUCAUCGGCUUCCAUUUUUGAUUCUUCAGUUUUCUUCAUAUUUAUAGUUUCUCUGCAUCUUCUUCACCAAAAAGCUCGAAUCCCUUUUCUUUUUUUUUCCUUUUCCAGAUUCUGAAUUUCAAAAUUGGAUUCUUAUCGAUGGAAGCACCAGAAAACGACGCCGUAGGGUUUGAGUCAGCUGAGAAAAUAAUUCUCCGGUGGGAUUCUACGGUGUUGGAAGAAGCUAGAGAGAAGAUGAUAUUUGACAGCCAUCGUGACGAGAUCGAUCGUUAUUUGCAAGCCGUCGAUGAAAUCCAACGGUCAAUGGAGUCCACAACACUCUCCGACGACCAGGAUAAAGCCAAUAGUGCGAUCCAGAUCGCCAUGGCUCGGCUUGAGGACGAGUUUCGCAACAUACUCAUAGCUCAUACAAGUGCAAUCGAGGCUGAAUCGUUAACUGACCCUAGUCCAUCUUCAGUCCACUCCGGCGAAUUCCAGUUGCCUGAAGAAGACUACCACGAUAUUCCUACGGACGAUGAUUCGUUCACCAAAGAGUUGGAGCAUCAAGAGAGUAGCAGCAGCAGCUAUCGAUCUACCAACAGCAUCCGCGAAGUUGAUCUCAUGCCUUCCGUAGCAAUAUAUGAUCUCCAGAGUAUCGCCGAGCGAAUGAUUUCCGCUGGAUAUCUCCGGGAAUGUAUUCAGGUCUAUGGUAGUGUACGGAAGUCCGCUGUGGAUUCGAGCUUCCGCAAGCUUGGAAUAGAGAAACUCAGCAUCGGAGAUAUUCAGAGACUUGAUUGGGAGACUCUGGAAACAAAGAUCCGAAGAUGGAUACGAGCUGCCAAAGUAUGCGUUCGCAUACUCUUCGCUAGCGAGAAGAAACUAUGUGAGCAAAUCUUCGAGGGUUUGGGCACGGCGACUGAUGAUGCUUGCUUUAUGGAGACUAUUAAAGGACCAGCGAUACAGCUGUUCAAUUUUGCAGAAGCCAUUAGCAUUAGCCGGCGAUCGCCUGAGAAGUUGUUUAAGAUAUUGGAUCUUCACGAUGCUUUAUCCGAUUUACUGCCUGAUAUUGAAAUUGUUUUCGAGUCAAAAUCUUCAGAAUCAAUUAGAGUUCAAGCAGUAGAGAUAUUGUCUAGGUUAGGGGAGGCUGCUAGAGGGAUAUUGUCGGAAUUUGAGAACGCAGUGCUCCGCGAACCUUCGAGGGUCCCUGUUCCGGGAGGGACAAUUCAUCCCUUAACUAGGUAUGUCAUGAACUAUAUAAGUCUAAUUUCGGACUAUAAGCAGACAAUGGGUGAAUUGAUUGUUUCACAGCCGUCAACGGGAUCAAGGUAUUCAAGUGAUCCUAACACCCCUGAUAUGGACUUUGGGGAGCUAGAAGGGCAGACGCCAUUGUCACUUCAUUUGAUUUGGAUUAUUGUCAUUUUGCAGUUCAAUUUGGAAGGUAAGUCUAAGCACUAUAGAGAUACCUCUUUGGCUCAUUUAUUCAUGAUGAACAAUGUCCAUUAUAUUGUUCAUAAGACUAAAGGGUCACCUGAGUUGGGGGAAAUGAUUGUAGAUGAUUACUUGAGAAAAUUAACGGGGAAAUUUAGACAAGCUGCUACCAGUUACCAGAGAGCAACCUGGGUGAGGGUUUUACAUUGUUUGAGAGAUGAGGGACUACAUGUGAGUGGCAGUUUUUCAUCGGGGGUGUCCAAGAGUGCAUUGAGAGAGCGUUUCAAGAUGUUCAACGCCUUGUUUGAAGAGGUGCACAGGACUCAGUCCACAUGGUUGAUACCAGAUACACAGCUCAGGGAGGAGCUGCGCAUUUCCAUAUCGGAAAAGUUGAUUCCUGCCUAUAGAUCAUUUCUUGGACGGUUCCGGAGCCAUAUAGAAAGCGGAAGGCAUCCAGAAAAUUAUAUCAAGUAUUCUGUGGAGGACCUAGAGAAUGCUGUCUUGGAUUUCUUUGAGGGGUAUGCUGUGUCACAGCACCUGAGGAGAAGAUCUCAGUGAAAGAAUAUUAGUUUCUACAAUUAGUACUUUAGGACAUUCUUUGAAUUUUUUCCAUGGAGUCAUUCAGGGGCUGAGGUUAUGGCAUUCUGGUAUUUCUCGAGUUUGUGCUUUCAUUUGUAGUGUUCCAGGGAGAUGGGCUGCUGAAAACUUCGGGGAAGAUCAGCUGUAUCUAUCGAGAAGGGUCAGUGCCUCCUGCCUCUGGAUGCUCUGCCCUGUAAGCAUGUUGUUGUUGUAUUUCUUCCAUACUUUUAGACUUUAUUUCAAUUUGUCCAUAUCUGAACUGUUGUAUUGGUUACUUUCUUGUAAUUUUAUCAUAAUCAUGAUUUUGUUAACUUGAGUCCAGAAUUUUGUUUAGCUUGGAUGACUUGAAAUUUAGCAAUAGUUGCUUACUGCUGUCUUUUUAUUGUUUUAAGUCUGUCUUUCUCAGUGAAAUGAAACAAUUGUCCGUGAAUUUUUCAAUUUUUACACUGGAAAUUUGUGGGACUGUUUAAUAUAUGACAAUGCUGAUUCCUUUGAGUGUUUAUUGUUAGUUUGUACUUAUUUUGUUUUCUCAGCUAAGACGACUGAUGCAGUGGUGCUUGUUUAGCUGUCUUGGGUAAAAGCUAAGAACUAGUUCUGUUGACAUGAUUAUCUGAAUCAUGUUAUGGUUGAACUGGACAUGUAUCACGAAAGUUGUUCUUGUAAGCUAGAAAUUGAACUCCCCAUUUGCUACACUGUCAUGAUAGAAGUGGUUAAUCUGUGCUUACAAGCAACAAGGAGCAUCUGAUUAAUCCGGUAGAUUUAAUGCAGCAGAUUCAUGCAAUCCUUGUUGUUUGUCCUCCAAAUGUUUGAUCUUUACAGGCCUUCUGGUUGAAACUUUGAUGUUUGCUGCAUCUGAUGGUCAGAACUUACAAGGUGUGCCUUCCAAUGUUACAUAUCUUUUUGCUACCUCUUCACUCACCAUGUACUCCCUGUUUCUAAUGUAUCAGUUUCCAACAUAUGAUGGCAUUACAUAAAGAAAAAGAACAAAGUCAUGGUUGCACAAUCAUUUUUGUGGAGAUGCAAGAGAUUUUCUGCCCUAGUCGAGUUAGUAUUGUUAAUAUCUUGCACUUGGGUUUUUUAGCUAUUCAUUACACAUGCUAGCUUGUUGGUAUGUUUCCCUAUAGGAUCUUGAAUCCUUGUGUAUUCUCAAAUGUGGUUAUUUGUGUCUUUUUCAAUACCCUGGAAAACUUGAUCGUUAAA